GGCGCCGUCUCCGCGGGCCGCCUUCCGGCGGAGAGGGUUGGCCCCGCCGCCACGCCGUAGGCCCGCGGCCUCAGCCGUGCCACCGCGUGCGGCCGCCGGGGAGAUGGCGCUGCUGCGGGCGCUGCGCCGCUGCCCGGUUCCGCGGGCCCAGAGCUGCCCGGGGGGGGGCCCCGGCGCCGGCCCCGCCGCGCCUUCGCUGCAGGCGGGGCCCCUCCUGCUUCGGCUGCCCCCGCCGGGGCCUGCGUUUCAUGCCGGGCGCUGGCUGUCCUCCUCGGCUGCCAGCAAGGAGCUCCUGAUGAAGCUGCGGCGGCAGACGGGCUACUCCUUUGUAAAUUGCAAGAAAGCUCUGGAGACGUGCGGCGGGGAUCUCACACAGGCAGAGAGCUGGCUCCACAAGCAGGCCCAGAAGGAAGGCUGGAGUAAAGCUGCCAGGCUCCAUGGCAGGAAGACCAAAGAGGGUCUGAUUGGGCUGGUGCAGGAAGGCAACACAACUGUGUUAGUAGAGGUGAACUGUGAGACAGAUUUUGUUUCCAGAAAUUUAAAAUUUCAACAGUUGGUCCAGCAAGUAGCCCUGGGAACCCUGUUGCAUUGUCAGAGCCUGAAGGAUCAGCUCUCCACAUACAGUAAAGGCUUCUUGAGUUCCUCUGAGCUCUCUGAACUUCAAGCUGGGCCUGAGAGAGAAGGCUCUCUCAAGGAUCAGCUGGCCUUAGCAAUUGGGAAACUGGGAGAAAACAUGACUCUUAAACGAGCUGCGUGGGUGAAGGUGCCAGCUGGGUUCUAUGUUGGCUCUUACGUCCACGGGGCGGCACACAGUCCCUCGCUGCACAACCUGGUGCUGGGGAAGUACGGGGCCCUGGUCGUCUGCGAGACGGCUGAGCAGAAAGCAAACCUCGAAGACCUCGGCCGCCGCCUUGGGCAGCACGUGGUGGGCAUGGCUCCUCUCUCUGUGGGCUCCCUGGACGACGAGCCGGGGGGAGAGGCAGAAACCAGAAUGCUGGCGCAGCCAUACUUGCUGGACCCCUCCAUCACGCUGGGCCAGUACGUGCAGCCCCGGGGGGUGUCUGUCGUAGACUUUGUGCGGUUUGAAUGUGGGGAAGGCGAAGAGGCAGCAGAGGCUGAAUAGGUUCCAGAGACUUUCGCCCAGGAGGAAAUGUUUAUGCUUAACUCUGGACGCUACUACAAAAGGAAGUUAUUUCCUAAGCCUCUUCAAACCCAGAAUUUGUUUUUCAUUUGUUGAUAAUGAAAUUAUAUACUUCAUGGGUAAAGCUAUUAAAUUAAAUGGUUAUAUAAAGAGCGUGGGAUCUU